CUGUGUAUGUACAGUCUAUGGGAAGGACUUUGAGCGGAAACUACAGCCCCCAGCAUCCUCCGCGGCGGGGGGAAAGAAAAUGAAAUCGGCCAUGUCGAGUUAAAAAUCACGGAACGCUCGAAUGUGGGGAGUAGCUUACUUUAUGGUUAUGUAGCCGUAAACCCCACGUUUUUUAAAGCUAAAUAUUCGAUCUCUCGUUUAACAGUAAAUACAUUUUGUGGAAGCAAGUUCGUUGGUAAAAGUAGCGGGUAAACAUGAGCGGCGGAGGGACGCCGUACAUCGGCAGCAAAAUUAGCCUAAUCUCAAAGGCCGAGAUCCGCUAUGAAGGAAUUUUGUACACAAUUGACACUGAAAAUUCGACAGUAGCUCUUGCUAAAGUCCGUUCUUUCGGCACCGAGGACCGUCCCACAGACAGGCCCAUUCCUCCUCGGGAUGAAGUGUUUGAGUACAUCAUCUUCAGAGGAAGUGAUAUUAAAGACCUAACCGUUUGUGAGCCACCUAAAGCUCCUAGUGCACUUCCUCAGGACCCCGCCAUAGUUCAGUCAUCGAUUGGAUCCACGAAUGCUGCGUCUGCACCGUCGUUCCAGGCUCCCGGGUCCUAUGCACCAUUCAGCCGUGCACCUGUUCCACCAUACAGUCAGUUCGGUGUCACGCCCGUUGGACCGCAGCAGUUCGGACAAGCUGGAGAAGUUCCCGCUCCUCAGCUGGACUCUCUGACCAAAAAGGCCUCGGUGGAGCAGGCAGCUCAGGCCCCGCCAUCGUCUGCCGCCCCGGGUCAUCCGGCAGCACCCGUGGGUCAAAGGAGUCACGUUGGGUCGACGGUCCCGAAACCUGCCAGCGCUUCCUCCAGCAGCCAGAAACCUCCUGACCUCCUGGAGCAGAAAAAAGCUCCUGAGGUCCCAAAACCGUCCCAGCCGGAGAAUGAACACGGUGCCGUUGAAAACCGGGACCCUAACAGGCGUCACAUUGCCGGGAUCCAGUCGACCCGCCGCGGCCGCGGCAGAGGGAACCGCAGCAGAGGCAGAGUAAACAUCCGUAAAGACGGAACAGUGAAGUUUGACGAAGAUUUUGACUUUGAAACCGCCAACGCACAGUUUCACAAAGACGAGAUUGACCUGGAGCUCCAGAACAAGCUGAAGCUCAAAGAUGACAAACCAGAGAAGGCGCUCAACGGAGAGGAGGCGGCCGACCCCGAGCAUCCGGCCACCGAGGGGACGACCGAGGAAGACCAGGCUGUGAUUAACAGCUGUUACUACGACAAGACCAAGUCCUUCUUUGACAACCUGUCCUGUGAGGAUGCCAGAGAUCGCAGGCCGACCUGGGCCGAGGAGAGACGGAUGAACGCCGAGACGUUUGGCAUCCCUCUCCGGUACCACCGAGGAAGAGGAGGGUUCCGUGGCAGAGGGUUCCGCGGCAGAGGGUAUGACGGGCACCGCGGGGGUCGGGGCAGACCCAUCAGCAGAGGUUCGUUUGGCCUCCCCAGAGGUGCCCCGCCCGGUUUUAGAGGCGGCAGAGGAGGCCGCGACUUCUCUGAUUUUGAAUACAGGAAGGACAAGGUGGCUGCGUAGUACGCCGCGGCGGCGGAUCCACCGAGAGUUGUAGCCGCUCGUCAUGAAUUUAUUUCUGUGUAGAAGAUUUGUGUUGUCUCGGCAUUGGACAGGAAGAAUGAAGACGUGGCGUCAGACACCAGCACCUCAGUGGACCGUUGACGUGAGCGGGGCGUCGGCUCCAAUCCCUCUGCUCCGCUUUGAGACUGUUGUUUCGUUUCCUUGAAGUUUGGUUCAACACGCAGCAGACGGACACGACCACCUGUAAAUACAAAGCUUUGGAGUAAUUCUGUACUUUUGCAUCAGUCAGAUUCACUUCCUACUAAAGUCUUUGACGCUGAGAGCUGGACGCACUCUUCCACCGUCAGCGGGAUCGAUAGCUUUAUUCUUUCUUCACUCAUAUUUUAUUGGCACCAAAUUAAAACGCCGGUUGGUCUUCAUGUGUCCAGUAACUUUACACGUUGCGCCCCAACAUCUGUUCGACUUCAGUGAAAAAUCCAGAUAAAGAACCUGAAAUUGUCCACCUGUUUCGUAAUGAAUGUACAUUUAUACCUCCCACCUAUGGUUUCUGAAGCUGUGGCUUUCACGUUUGCAGUUUCAGCCCUCAGAGCUCUGAUGUGGCGUCUAAACACACACAUCUGCUCAUUUGUAGGAAGUUUUCCAGUUCCUAGCAAGGUUGACCAACGCUCUGCUGUUUUGCCAAAAAAAUGUUUAGAAAAGAUAAAUUUUCAUUUGGUUCUUUUGUGUUUCCGUGACUUUCCUUUGUCAGCGUUUACCACUGCAGACGCGCACGAGUCGUCCACCGAAGAUGGAGUUUUUUCUUCUAUGAAAAGGAUGAAAUGAGGUCUUCGAGCUCGUUUGCUGCGUUUCUGGCCUGUUGUCGCCCUUUGGCUUGUUUGUAGCUCCUCGCGUUACUUUAGUCUGGGAUUGUUCUCAGGAGUGGAUUUAUUUUUUUACCGACUCGUGAACAAAAGGGACAAGAACUGGAUGAGGGGCCAGUAUUUUCAAAGGGGGGUUUCUUCAUUUGGAUUGGUCAUUCGUUUUGGGAGUGCCUUGAGUGGUGAUGAUUAUAACCUUCCACACACACACACACACUCUCCCCCUUUAACUUAAAUGUUACAUUCUGCCGGCUGUGCUGCUAGCACUACAGGACAAACCUCCACAGUUUUCUGUAACAGAUUAGAAAAUCAGCUGUUUUGAUUUGGGAAUCGCAAACGGCUGAUUCUCACACGAAAGCUCGGUGAGCCGUCGCUUUAUGUUGACUAACGCCGUAAGCAGGAAAGUUUAAUUUGGGACAAUAUUAUAAUUGAAUUAUUAAAAAACUGACUUAAUUUCAUGUUUGCUACAUUUUCCAGUCACUGGGUGUGUUUUCUUGAUUCUUAGCAAAGUUGAGUUUUUACAAAAAUAAAAAUAAAGAGUUAAACAAUUUG